CGGUCAACAGUUCGUUGGAUGUGAGACCCCAUCAAUACAUAUAAUUGAUUGUCGGUCGCUCACACAUUCAAAGUAAAGUAAUUACCUUAGUCAAAUAGCGCUUUUAUUCUGGCACCAAGUCGUACGCACCCGCUGCCUCGCAAGCAAACCAGACUCAUUGACAAUGUCGGAUCAAGCCGAUGCUCCGGUCUUUGGCGCUUUCAGUUCGCUGCUGGGUUACGUUGGUGGACAAGCUGCCACCAGCGCAAUCUUCGAGAGGUUCCUUUGGCCUCAGCGGCAUUUCUCGUCGUUCUCCAUUUACGACAUGCCACGACUUGCAUGUUUGUACUCUAUGGCAGGCCCCAUUGGAUCCAUUGCUCUUGAUGUUAUCGACACUGCGUAUAAAAAUGGGCUCUUUAGCGGAGCUGUACAGGGCCACAUGCUUGGAACACACUUUUACCGCGACCUCGAAUGGACGUAUAUUCUACACUCUCGUGGAAGCGAACCCGAAAGGGAAUCGCAAAUUCGAAACUGUCUUUGGGUCCAGGCGUUACUCAACAUGCCCCUCCCAACUAUUAAAGAGCCUCCAAUUCGACAGCGCAAUGACACCGAGAGUUGCAAAGUCCCCCUUGAGGAAACGACGAAACCAGUGCGCGCUAGAGUCGCUGUGAGCCAUUUAGUGCUUUCCAAAGCUACAGAAGAAGACCUCGGCAACUCUAAAGCCCCUUUUAUUUCCGAAGAGAUCAAGCACGUUGACUUGCUGUGCUUGGUGGAGAUUAUCCUCACCGAGUGUGUGGGCAUCUGCAUUAUGAUCUGCGUCGCCGCAAUCACUGGCUCGCUAUGGAGUAUCAUCUUCGUUAUACCGCUCGUCCUUCGAUUGAUCAGCACUUUGUUCGCCCUUGAACGCGAGGGGUUGACCCCAUUCUCAGACACUGUCGACGAGGAACAGACGCGGGACUGGGAAAUCAGUUGUCCAGCAAUCGAAGGAAAAUUUAUGUUAAUCACCGGUCCGCCCUCCAUCGUCAACCAGUUCUUCCGACAUUACGGACAUCCAGUGCGAAAUCGAUUCCGUGAGGUCAUUCAGCUGGCAGUCGUAAUUGCUUUUGGGACUUACUUUCCAGUGGGUCUUCUUUGUCAAGUUACUUGGAUGCCCGUUUUUGUACAGUAUAUCUGGACAGUCUGGCAAGUCUGGCAAGUCUUGGCUAUGCAUUUCGAUCGAUAUACCCAACGAGGGACAAGUCGUACGACCACAGAUGCCGCUAUUGCAGCGAAACUAUCCAAGAACUUUGAGAACAGUGACUCUGACCGAGUUUUCGGAAGCAGCAUCUUGUUUGGGCAGAGAAGAAAUGGGUCUGCCGUUGUGAAGGCUAGUCUGUCGUUGACGGUGGCGGAUAGCUAUGCAGACGGAAAGAAAGUCCUGAAAAGCGCGGUUCGGAAAUAGUUCAAGGAACUGUUUAGUCUGAAUUUUUUGCUGGUUGGCCGACUAGAAGAUACGAGCCCUGUAUGUUCCCACAAGAACAAUAUAAGCGUAAGAGACCGGCAGGUAAACAGGAGAUAGUUAGAUCUUCGCAUCAAGUGGAUCUAGUCUACAGGCUAAAAACCGAGAUCUUCAUCAUUCCAUCGUGCGGUCGCACGUGUUUUCUGUACCUAUCCUUUUUGAGUUACGAUUUGCAUGCAUCGUAAUGGUGCGAGAGACAAGACCUCUUGAUGUCUCUUACAGUGUCAACCUCAAAUAUUGCCGACGGUUGCCUGCUCAGAACACGGCCCAUAGCUAUACCAUGAGAGUGGCUGAAGUCUGGUGAACAGAAACCUCGAUUUUGUUCACACCUUUUCUACACCCCGCCAAUCUAGAAGAUAAAGAAAUGAG